AUGAUGGUGAUUUACACCCUGAACACCCGCCAGGAUGAGGCCGAGGCCAGCCUGGAGGCGCUGCAGGAAGCGCACCAGAAGGAGCUGCAGAACGCGGUGGCGGAGACCGAGGCCAGGCUCCUGCAGGCGCAGGGCCGCGCCGCCCAGGAGCCCCUUCUCCAGCGCAUCCAGGCCCUGGAGAGCGCCCUGGAGCUGCAGAAGAGGCUGACGCAAGAGGCGCGGGCCGAGUCGGCUUCGUGCAGGCUGGAGACCAAAGAGAGAGAGCUGCGGGCCGAGGCGGAGCACGCCGAGCGCGUCCUGACGCUCUCCAAGGAGAUGCUGGAGCUUAAGGCUGACUAUGAGAAGAGGCUCCGGCGCCUGACCAGCCACGAGCCCCCGCCGCGGGCCCGGCUUUCCCAGGAGAGCCCUGACGCCGAGGCAGAUCCUGGCCAGGGCCCCGGGAUGCAGGAGGUCCUGCUGGAGGUGGAGCGGCUGCGGGUGGAGAACCAGCAGCUGAGCAAGGACUACGCGCGCAAGGCCGAGGAGCUGCAGGCCACCUACGAGCGGGAGAACGAGGCCAUCCGGCAAGCCAUGCAGCAGUCGGUGAGCGAGGCCCUGUGGCAGUGGCAGGAGAAGGAGACGGACCUCCGCAAGAACUUCCAGGGCCAGGAGUCGGCCCUGCAGGCCCAGGUUAGGAAGCUGGAAGGGGACCUGGAACACAGAGGCCGCAAGAUAAGUGACCUGAAGAAGUACGCCCAGAAGCUGAAGGAAAGGAUUCAGGACCUGGAUGUGCAGCUCAGGGAGGCGCGACAGGAGAAUUCAGAGUUGAAAAGCACCGCAAAAAAACUUGGGGAGAAGCUGGCUGUUGCCAAAGACAGACUGAUGCUGCAGGAGUGUCAUGUGACAGAGAAAACUGAUGACAUGAAGACUGAGCUAGUUUCAGACAAUGAAGUCCCGGGGGAAAUGAAUGACUUAGAAGCCCGCAGUCUUCAUCCGCAGCAGAAUCAAAGCUUUGCCAAGGAGUGUCCACGUAUGAAAGGAGACACAGAUACACAGAGCAAAAAAGAGGCAAAUAUUGAGACAGAAUAUAUGAAGCAGCAGUAUGAAGAAGACCUUCGUAAAAUCAAACAUCAGACAGAAGAGGAGAAGAAACAUCUCAAAGACCAGCUAGUGAAGCGACUGGAAGAUUUGGUAAAGAAGCACGCCGUGGAAAUCAAAUCAGUCCGCUUAUCUGUGGAGGCUGAAAGAAAGAAGCUGCAGAAGGAAGUAGAAACACAGUUGGAGGAAGUGAAGAAGAAAUCAGAAAAAGAAAUAAAGCAGCUGGAAGAAGAGAAGACGGCCUUGAAUGUGAAGCUGCAGAAUUCUCUGCUGGAGGUUUUAAGGCUGGAAGAAUUUAUCCAACAAAAUAAGGUAUAUCCCCGAAGAGCCAAAGAAAGGCCCCAGGAAUUAGACUGCCAACACCACAGCAUUUUGGAGACCCAGGAUCUGUGCUCGAAGCUGAAUGAACCUUUUCGGACACUGCCCAGAGAAGAGUAUAAAGAUAAAUUAGCAGCUGAAGAAGGAACCAGCAGCGACGAAGAAGAAAGGAUCAAAGUGCCCCUCAAGGAGGGGAGUGAUCCGCAACCUCCACUGGGCUCUUUGCUGAAGGAGAAGGCACCCGAUAUCGAAUAUCUACAGGAGGACUGGCAAAGCCAGAAGGCCAAAUUGCAAGCCCAGGUCUCGCAGAUGCAGCAGGCUCUGGAGCAGUGCGCCAGCGACUACAGGGAGGACCUGCGGGAGCUCAGGCAGCUCUCAGAGCACGAGAGGGAGAGGCUGCAGCGCGAGCUCCAGGAGAGCCUGCAGCAGAACCAGGCCGUGAGAGCCCAGCUGGAGGCUGCCCACCAGCGAGCCCUGCGCAUGCUGGAGAAGGCCAAAAAUCAGGAACUCAAGGCCAUAGAGGAGCGCUUGAAGAAAGAAUCCAGCCACAGCCUCCAGAUCCAACACCAGGCACACCAGCUGGAGAUCCAGGCCUUGGAGGAAAAGGCCAAGCAAGAGCUGCAGGGGGAGCGUGAGCGGAUGCAGGCCCAGCAGGCUCUGCUGCUAGAGUCCCUCCAGCAGGAGCUGUCGGAGCAGCAAGCUGCCUGCUCUGAGCACCAGAAGGACUUGGAGGCACUGCAGGCCAAGCUGAGGGCUCUGGACAGCUUGGGCAGGUGGCAGACCAUCAGCCAGUGUCCUGAGGACAACGAGGAACAUGCCAUCACUGCAGAGGGCGCCCACACCGUGCAGACCCCAGAGCACAAAGCAAGAGACGAGGUUGGGUCGGUGGUCGACGAGGUUGGGUCGGUGGUCGGAGGACCGCGGACUGUCACUUCUCGCCUGAGGGUCGCAGGAACCUUUAGGUGGGGACUCCAGGAAGGGGGACGACAAGGGCAGAGGCUGGAGGAGGGAGACAGGGGGAGCAGCUUGCCCAAGGUCCUGCAGCUAGGAAGUGCUGGAGGAAGCCACAGACACAGACAGCCUGGCCCUAAAAGCUGCUCCCUUACCCCGUCCCACCCAGCUCUUCCACCUUGGCCUAGUGGUCUCCCCGGUCUCAGGGUCCCAGCAUGCAGGAAUUCUAAUAGAGAAGCUCAGCCUCCAGGCCUCCACCUGCCCCAUGUGAAGGGAGUAUUUUCUGGGACUCUCCCCCAGGGCUGUUCUCCACCCCUUCCCCUGAAGGCUGUCCUUCAUGGAAUGAAGGGGGGGUUGAGAAGGGGUCCCACAGCGGGGCUUGUCCUGGACCCCACAACUCAGAGACCCCAGCUCUCCUUCCCAUGUUGUUCUGACCUCAGAUUCAUAACCUUCCCCCACCCAGAGACUCAAACCAGGCAUCAAGCAGAGGGAGGAAUGAACCCCAGACUCAAGGGGCUCAGUCCCCAGAGCCUGGACAAGCCAUUUGCUUCCAUCCCCUGCAGCUUGCUGGAGGAGGAUCAGCAGGCCCAGCGGGCCGGGGAGGUGGAGACACUUCGCCAGGAACACCGGAAAGAGAUGCAGGCUAUGGUGGCAGAUUUCAGUAGUGCCCAGGCACGGCUCCAGGCCCGGCUGGCUGCCCUGGAAGCCGAACUGAAAGAUGCCAGAGAAAAGCCAGGGAAGGGCACGUCCAGGCCCGAAGACCUCCAGCUCAUAGGCCGUCUGCAGACCCGCCUGAAGGAGAGGGAGGAAAUCAUCAAACAGCUCACGGAAGAGAGAAGAUUUCACUACGCAGCAUUCCCCAGCGCAAUGUCCCAUCGAAAUCGGUCCUUUUCUUUCAAUCCUCACCCAGGAUAUUUGACCCCUUCCAUGAAGAAAAAGAAAAUGGAGGAAGUGCCCAGCCGAGUGGUCAGUGUGCCAAACCUCGCCUCUUACGCAAAGAACUUUCUGAGUGGAGACCUGAGCUCCAGGAUCAAUGCCCCUCCAAUAACCAAGUCACCCAGCUUGGACCCAAGCCCCAGCUGUGGCCGGCCUUACAAACCCACCCAGUCUCUAGAUGCAAAAACUGCCUCGAGGACACAAGAUGGUGAAACAGCCCAACCCAAGGAAGCCCAGCAGAAACAGGGCUCUCCGCACCAGGAAUGGUUUACCAAGUAUUUUUCUUUCUAAACUGAUCUUUGGGAUACAUCACAAACAGAACACUUGAAAGACAUUUCUUUUAAAAUGUCUGAUUGAAGGAAUGAACUAAAAUCAACCAACCAAAUAACUUGCUUGUAAUAUUAUUUAUCUAUGAUAGCUAAAAGAAAUUUUGGCACUAACAUUUCAUACUGUUUCAUUGUGAGAACAGUUCAUUUAAAAAAACUCUUGACAUUAAACAAACCAGUGUUAUUAAAAAGCCCCCACAGGAAAAUGUUAUUAAUGUUCCUAAUGACCUACGUAUUGUCCUUCUAGUGUACAUAACAUCAGUACUCCACUUAGUGCAAUAUCAGACUUUGUGAUUUCCAUGGUCUGCUUUAAAAGCGGUUUUGUUUUUCCUUAGGAUGCUAGUCCUCUCCACUUAAAAAGUUGUGUUUCUAUGUAAAAUGAUAUAAUUCCAAAAUGCACAUCUAACCUCAAUAGGAAGAGGAAUAAAAUCAAGUUUAAGAUAGACAGGAAAGCCAAUUAAAAAAAACAAACUAUAGGACUGGACCGUAGCAUGCUUGGAUUGAAUAUUUUGACUUCCCGGGUCUAGGACAAGCAGCAGAUGAUGGACAAAAUAACACCUACCUCAAGAGGGGCUUUGUGAGGACUAAGCAAAAUAAUAUGGGCAAAAAUACUGAUCAUGAAUGGGAAUUAAGCACGGAAAGGUUUUUCUGUGGAUAACCAAGCCUCGCCUCAUUGUACCUCUAUUUCAGUGACUGUAGGGUCAACUCGGUCAUUUGUAGAGGUUUCUAGACUAUCUGUUUUUUGAAGUCAAAGAUCUCCUGAACUCCUGGCCUUUGGGUUUGGGCCGUUUGCCUCCUGGACAUUUCUUCCCCAUUGCAUGGACUCCUGGUGGGGUAAAUGGAACUGGGAGUGGCUGUUUGCGAGCUGACCUUGCUGUCAGUCCACAUUGAAUUGUCUCACCCUCUGAUGGAGCAACAUGACUCAACACAGCUUUUAGUGGGCAAAAUAUUUUCUCAAUCCUUUGGUGCUGGCUCAGCAGUGGCCCACAAAUAUUCAUUCUAUGCACUGUCAGAUCUUUGCUCUUUGAAUAAAACUUUAAACAACUGGGCAAUAAAAA